AUGAUGGACUCAAGGUCGCAAAAGGGGUGUGACCCGGCGGCGAUUUUAAGAUCACCUGCCCACGAGCACAUCAUAUCUCGAGACAAAAGGUUAACAUCGCUGAAUAGUUCAAAUUCACAACAACAACAAACUACGAAACAGACGAGCAAACAAGAAAAAAUGGAGGAAGAACUAAAACAGUUGCGUGAGAAGGUCGAUACAAUGAAAGAUCUGCAAAAAAUGGUGAAUGCCUUAUACGCUCAGCAACAGCAGAAUCCGAAGAUUUCUGAAGAGAUACAAGAAUUACGUAAGCAGAAUGAAUUGCAGCGUAUAGAAUUAGAAAAAAUUAAACAAAGUAGAAGUAGUCAACAAUCUAGUAAUGAAAGUAGUUUAAUCAGUAGGCUGGUAGAGAACUUGCAACAACUAAGAGUUGAUUUAAAACCCUUAGAAUUUUCAGAGGAAGAAGGAGUUAAUCCGAGAGAAUUCCUAGAAGAUGGUAAUCAAAGUUAUAAGAGUGACGCGAACAAAAUCCAAAACAACGCGGCUAAUCCAAACGUACAAAGUAUUCAGAGUCACGGUGAUGAUAAUCAAUAUUUACCAGUUGGACAUUCAACUUUUUCUCGUCAAACUUAUCAUCAACCGUUAACAGCAAAUUGGCAAAAUAAUCCACCAAAUAAUUAUCCGCAUUAUAAUCCAAAUAUGGUAUUUCCAAACACUCAGUAUCCUCCACCUGUAAUUAUAGAUGCUCAUAGGAAUAGCUUAGGUAACAACAAUAUAAAUAGAACAAAUGCAAAUCCAAGCAGGCAGCAUUUGAACUAA